AUGGCAACAUUAAGAGAUGAAUUCAGAUUACACAAUUUUGGAUUCAAGUUGAAGAAUCACAAAGCUUUGUCAAAAAGUCAGUGGGAAUGGCAUCCUGUGAUAUUCCUGGUGUACAGGUUCAUAGUGUGUGGAUACACUCUUGGAUAUUGGAUAGCAGCUGUGGUUGAGUCAACUGACAAAGCACGUAUGGGGAUCUAUUUGACACAUUGGACAUACACAAUGUUGACACUGCAUUUUCUAGUAGCAUUCAUAGUAGCUGUGAUUUCACAUGUAUGGAAACAGAAAAUCAGUGCAGAGCCCGAAAACCCAUCUGAAGAAAAUACACAAGGUACAGAUGAACUGGAGAACAGAGAUGUUAAUAUCAACUAUCAGCCUAUGGCGAUGGAUCCAGAAAAAGCUUAUAUUGUUCAAACAGGCAAAACAGUUCCAUGGUAUAUGAUGAUAUCUUGGGUUCUCUAUGAUGUUACAUUGGUGUUUUCAAUAAUAGUAACUUUGGUUUACUUUGGGGCAUUGUAUGAUCCAAAUAAUGGCCUUGACCAUUACAACCUCAACAGACAUGCUCUCAAUUCAGUGAUUGUAAUAAUCGACUUUGCCAUAAACGCAACACCAGUUAGACUCUACCACAUCAUUUAUCCAAUUGUUUAUGGCUCAUGUUAUGUAAUAUUUACCCUUAUAUACUGGUCAUUGGAUAAGGAUAAUAAUGUGGUUUACUCCAUAUUGAACUAUAACUCUGGAACACUGUGGGAAAUGCAUCCUGUGAUAUUCCUGGUGUACAGGUUCAUAGUAUGUGGAUACACUCUUGGAUAUUGGAUAGCAGCUGUGGUUGAGUCAACUGACAAAGCACGUAUGGGGAUCUAUUUGACACACUGGACAUACACAAUGUUGACACUGCAUUUUCUAGUAGCAUUCAUAAUAGCUGUGAUUUCACAUGUACGGAAAACCAGAAAACCGGGAACAAGUGAGGAAGGACAUGAAAACACCGGAUUUGACGGAAUUGAAUUAGAGAGUGGAGUUGGUAAACCUCCCAAACCAACAGAAGAAGACCAUUUAAAACCAGAUCCCAGUGCAGCACACAAAACAGUGCCAUGGUACAUGAUCAUAUCUUGGAUUCUCUUUGAUGUCUCACUCAUAUUUACAAUCAUUGUAACAGGCAUCUACUUUGGAGCUGUAUAUAAUCCUGAGAAUGGCCUUGACCAUUAUAACAUCAACAGACAUGCUAUCAAUUCAAUUCUAAUGGUGAUUGACUUUGCCCUCAGUGGCACACCAGUACGAAUCUUACACAUGCUAUAUCCAAUGAUUUAUGGACUCAUCUAUAUUAUCUUUAAUGUCAGUUUCUGGUCAUUUGACAAGGAAAACAACAUUGUCUACUCCAUAUUAAAUUACAACCCCAAGACUCUGCCAGUCGCUGUGGGUGUUAUACUUGGCUUGUUAAUAGUUGGUAUACCACUUCUUAAAUUCAUCUACUAUGCACUGUUUAGAUUCAAGAGGUGGAUCUAUUUUAAAAUACACAAGAAGGAGUAUGAAAGAAUUUAA